UGAUAGAGUUAUUUAGUAGAGAGGAUGUUUCUCAUUUCCUGAUCGAUAUCUCACCAGCCGGCACCGUGUUGCAGUCUGACUCUCCAGCCGUACAUGACGCACCGUGGACGUGAGACGACGCCACAGCUAGAUUUCUGCUUACUUGUUAACUUCUGCAGUCAUGAUGGUGCCUGUCGGCCUCUCUGAUCCUCCUGUGAUGACGCUGCUUCAGUAUAUUUUAAACUAUUACAUCCCUUUUGUCUUUUAAACCUCUAAACUCGUCAUCAUGAGGAAGAAGUAGAGAGAGGAACAGCAUGUGACCACAUCCUGACAACACAAGAACACACAAAUACACACCAGUACACGCAGUCGGAGUCAGGACUUCGGAGUCGGUGCUGCUUCAGAUUCCCAUGAGGAUGGCAUCCAAAUAAAACACAGCCUUAUAAAAUAAUGCCAAUCAACCCACACACAGUCAGAGUCAACAGGUGUGUGCACACAUGACAUCAUGUCUGACUUGUGGACAUUGUCACCAUCGUCUGCCCAUCCCAUCGUCCAUCAAUCCUCUCUGUCCCACUCACUUCCUGCCUUCUCCUUCCCUUCCCUUUCCCCACAGUUAACCCAGACUCACGUAUCCCCCUUUCAGUUUCCUCAACCCCAGGUAACCUCCCCUCACCUCCACCAAUCCCAGGUAACCUCCCCUCACCUCCACCAACCCCAGGUAACCUCCCCUCACCUCCACCAAUCCCAGGUAACCUCCCCUCACCUCCACCAACCCCAGGUAACCUCCCCUCACCUCCACCAACCCCAGGUAACCUCCCCUCACCUCCACCAAUCCCAGGUAACCUCCCCUCACCUCCACCAACCCCAGGUAACCUCCCCUCACCUCCACCAAUCCCAGGUAACCUCCCCUCACCUCCACCAACCCCAGGUAACCUCCCCUCACCUCCACCAACCCCAGGUAACCUCCCCUCACCACCACCAAUCCCAGGUAACUUCCCCUCACCUCCACCAAUCCCAGAUAAUGUCCCCUCACCUCCAUCAAUCCCAGGUAACCUACCCUCACCUCCAACAAACCCAGGUAACCUCCCUUCACCUCCAUCAAUCCCAGGUAACCUCCCUUCACCUCCAUCAAUCCCAGGUAACCUCCCCUCACCUCCAUCAACCCCAGGCAACCUCCCCUCACCUCCAUCAACCCCAGGUAACCUCCCCUCACCUCCAUCAACCCCAGGCAACCUCCCCUCACCUCCAUCAACCACAGGUAACCUCCCCUCACCUCCUCCACACCCAACUAAUGUCCCCUUGCCUUAAUCCACAGACGCAUGUAUCAUCCUCCCUACCUCUCUAUAAGUCCCAGGUAACCUCCCCUCACCACCUUGCCCCUCCUCUGAUACACUCUGCUGUUCUCCCCCAUACCAAUGUUACCUCCCCUCAUCUUAUGUCCCAGCAACUCCUCUUAAACCAAAGUCCUGAUCCAGAAUUAGAUUAUACAAACUGGAACAAGUAUGAGUCCUCUGACCUCUCUGACUAUCUCAGUGGGAACAGUUUCUCAUACCAGAACCAGCCAACAGCUCACCUGGACCACCACCUACAGGCCCAGAACCAGUUCAGCACUGGUGACAACCACAGAGAUGAAUUAGAAAACCCAAACAAACCCUAUAAUGCUCAUACACCUCAUGUCAGUGACAUACAGCUGAGUGACAUGCCCGGUUUGGGUCAGCACACCUGGGGGCAUCUGGUGCCAACCAUGUCCCAGCAGCAGUGCUCUCCUCUGGGCUCUGUAUCAGAUGGCAAUGCUGUGGGGAGAUGGAACUCCAUAGACUUAAGCUCGUUAUCUGCUCAGGACUUUCCCAGCAACCAAUUUUUUCAUGAAGGUUACCACGACAACAAUGGCCCAGAGCCUUUCUCCAGCCCCACAACCCCUGGUCCAAGUCCUCAUUACCCUCAAAUCCCAGCAGUCUCCAGUCCAGGACCUCAAAUGCAUCCCAGGACAAAGAAGACAGGUCAGCAACUCCCACUUGAGGCAAGCAAACAGUUCCUCCUGAGUCAAACUGAACCAGUUCAGGAAAUGAUGGGCCUCCAUAGAACUACCGGUAGCUCUGGGACCAGUUUCUCUCCUGAGGAAAGAGGGCAGAAAGUCAGCAGUGCUGGUCCACCUCUGGGUCCUGCUGCUGGGAUGACCCCUAUAGAGGAGUAUGAAGGGGGAAGAAGAGGUGGAAGAAGAGGAAGAGAUUUUCAAUCACCCUCAACUUGGGUGCAACCGAGAAGCAGCACUGAGACUCGGGAUUCAAGGCUGCUGUGCACAGUGUGCAAACGUGACUUCAGGAGCCUGCCAGCAUUAAAUGGUCACAUGCGUUCCCACAGUGGUUUCAGGUCUCCUGUACUGGUGAAAAAGGACAUUUCCCCACCUGCUCAAAACCCUGUCUCCAUAGUGAUGCCAGUCUCUGUGCCCGUCCAAAGCAGAGGCAUGUCUUUGGUUCGUGGGGGUGGACAGAGGAGAUGCAGCAUCCUCCCUCUCGUCACCAGAGGCUCUGUGCUGUAUCGCAGCAUGAUGCGCCUGGAGGAGAAGGAGGGGGACGCUCCUAAGGCCACAGAGGGCGGUGUGGUAGUUAAUGCUGGUAGUGCAGGUCAUUACACCCCUCCUCCAAUGUUAUGUCCCUUGAGAGCAGGGCCGGGGCUGUACUGCUCCCUCACCACCAGGGAGCAGCAGAGAGUCCAUGCUGUUCAGUUACACAAUGGAUUAGAUGAUCCCGUUGCCAAGACAACAGCUUGUCCUCCCCCUGGAACACUAGCAUCAGGAGUCAUCACACCGCGCAUCAAUUUGGGACGGAGUUUCCAGGCUGAGAUCCCGCUGCUACAGGACAGAACAUAUACUGUCUCUGAUUCCCACAAUGCACUGCUUCUAUGGAUGCCAUGGGACAAGCUAAAGCAUCCAUUGAAUCAAGAGAGAGUUGAGUCUCUCCUGACGAUGGCUCGGUCCAGUGUGGUGCCUGGGGGCGGGGCCAGUCCAGAGCAUGUCCUCAACAUCCUAUCAACGAGCAAAGGAGAUUUCCUGUUCACGUUGGAGAAGCUACUGACGACUCCUGAAACCUCCGAGAACAACCAAACAGUUGUGAAGUGGAGCCCAGCAGAGAAGAAGCUGCUGGUGAAAUCUCUGAAGCUUCAUCAAAAAGACUUCGCCAGCAUCCAGAAAGCAGUUCAGACCAAGUCUCUCUCUGAGUGUGUCGAGUUUUAUUAUCUCUGGAAGAAGAAACUGAGCCUGAGUAUGAGGACCCAAGCCAGCCUGACCGUCACUCUGCCAGACCCAAAUGACCAACGAUCGUCUAAGUCUCAGGAAGCAUCGUGAAGUGCUGGACCUUCAGCUUCUAGCACAACACACUACUUGCCAGCAAAGAACACAAAUGCAUUCACAGAUUUACAUUUUAUCCCGAAGGCUUGAACGUUGUGUAACGUGUGUUUCACAAAUCCAAAUGUCAGCCAUGGUGUAUCAAUACAAUGUUGUUAAAUGUUAAAAACUCAGCAGGAAACGUCUGUCCAGCUGUUCUAGACUGUUGCACAUUUUCAGCACAGUUUGUUCUUUUUAUGGUAAGUUAAUAAACCCACAGCAGGACAAGCAAAGUUCUUACUGGAGAUUGUGGUAAACAAACAGCCCGAGACUUCAGGUUCACGGUUUUGGGAAAUUGCUUUUUGUCCUUAAUCCUCUCAGUCCUCCUUGUUUUGUGCCUCAGGUCACUGCUGCUGAACAGAGCUCUGCUUAUUGCUGCCUGAAUAAAAAAUAAAAAUAACCAGCACA